ACAAGGUGCUUCACGCGACCUGCACUGUAGUAACCUUGGUGUUAGAUAACAAACAACCAGCCAAAACAACACGAAAUGAACGUCCUAACGCGAAAUUUUGCACAAAAUUUGUUCAAAUACAAUGGUCGGGCCGGUCUUAUUCAAGCGGCCGCAAGGAACUUCAGCACGCCAGCGCUAGAUGGAAAGGAAAUAGAAAAACUGGUAAACAACAGUAAGGUGGUCAUUUUCAUGAAAGGUAACCCGGACGCACCGAGAUGCGGAUUCAGCAAUGCAGUGGUACAGAUUUUACGGAUGCAUUCGGUGAAAUACGACAGCCACGAUGUACUGCAGAACGAAGCCCUCCGGCAAGGCAUUAAGGACUUUUCGAACUGGCCCACGAUUCCCCAGGUUUUCAUCAACGGCGAGUUUGUGGGCGGAUGCGAUAUCCUGCUGCAAAUGCACCAGAACGGCGAGCUAAUCGAUGAGUUGAAAAAGGCUGGCAUUGAGAGUGCGUUGGCCAAGGAGGCCGAGAAGUAGGAAAUUACGUAGAAAUAAGGUCUGUGUGUGUGUUGGGAUUGCGCGGCAAUAAAACAAAUCUAUCUGAAAGCAUA